AUGUUUUAUGGAACAAUUAUCGGAUAUCAGUUUCAUAGAGAACCGUAUUUCCUGUUUUUCUACUUCUACUACAUCGUCUUCUUCUAUUUCUUCCUGGUCGAGUUAAUUACCGUAAUCCAUGGAGAUGCGACACUAUUUGUCUAUGAUGAAUACGAAUACGAGGAAGACGAAGAUGGAUAUCCUCGCAAAAUCCGAAUUAUUUCAUUCCAACAACCCGGAAUUUAUUAUGAAGAGUACCCUUGA